AUGGCCCUCAUUUUCACUCUGGCAGCUCUUGGAAGUCUUACGGUUCCCAGUGGCACCACAGGCCAGGUAUACUUGGCAUACCAGCCGCAUCUCAAGGUGGUCAAUAGCUGUGUUCCUUUCUCGGCCGCGGAUGCUCAGGGUAACAGAAAUGCCGGCCUGAAGCCGUCGGGGUCUUCUAACGGGGCGUUUAGCAAGAGCGCUGGCCAGAUAUAUGCCCGAGGAGGAAAAUACAACAACCACUACGCGCUCAUGUAUUCUUAG